CCCGGCGUCGCGACGCUGCGCCUGUCGUGGCGCCCCGCCCCCCUCGUCGCGCUGCCCGCGGACGCCCUCUCCAGGACGCCGCUGCUGAGGCGCGUCGAGGCGCGGGCGGUCGCCGACCUCGCCACCGUCGACGAGAGCGUCUUCUCCGCCACGCCCCACCUCGAGUACCUGCAGCUCACAGGGAGCAAGGUGUCACAGCUGCUGCCAGACACGUUUGCAGCGAAUCGCAACCUGUCUGCGGUGGACCUGAGUGACAACCAGCUGGACGGACUGCCCGCUGAACUGUUCAGACACAACGCGCUGCUCACCCAGCUGAAGCUAUCCGGGAACCACAUCGAGGCGCUGCACGUGGACACCUUCAAGGUCAACAGGCUGCUGCAGGAGCUGGAUCUUUCGGACAAUCCACUGCUGGAGCUUCCAGCGGGUCUCCUCCAGCACUGCCCGCACCUGCGCUCGCUGAACUUCUCGAGGACGCACGUCUCGGCACUGCACCGCACUGCGUUCUCCAGGAACGCUGCCCUGGAGUCGCUGGACCUCUCCAGCAACAGCCUCCAGGCGCUGCCUGCGGCGCUGCUGCCCAACCACGGCCGCCUCUCCAGGCUGGACCUGUCCAGCAACCAGCUCCGCUCCAUCCCGGAGAAGCUCUUCAGCGCCACGGGCGGUCUGCGGCUUCUCAACCUCAGCCACAACGAUGUGCACUUCUUGCCGCCUGGAACCCUCCGGAGGACUCCAGAGCUGCAGGUGGUGGAUUUGUCCUGGAACCAGCUGCGUACCCUGCCCAGGGAGUUGCUGUGGUGGGCUCCAGCGCUGGAAGAGCUCCGCCUCGCUGGAAACCGUAUUUCCAGUGUGCACCCGGAGACACUUUCUGGGAAUCCCAGGCUCAGGCUCCUCGACCUGUCACACAACCUGAUGGAAGAGCCUCCUGCUGACUCCACUCUCGGCCACAACACGGCGCUGCGAUCGCUGGACCUGUCCCACAACCAGCUGACGCGCCUCUGCCGGCGCCUGUUGGAACCUGCGUGGAACUCUUUACAGGUUCUCCACCUCGAAGGGAACAAAAUCUCGGCCCUUACUUGGCCGAACAUGCGGCCGCGGUCGCUGCAGUCGCUCGAGCUGGAAGGCAGCCCCUGCAGCUGCUCCGCGAAAUUCGUCAGGCUGUUCACACCUCCAAAGAUGCCGCAGAUCAGGAUAGAGGGCAUCAUCACCAAGCCGAGGGCGGCUAAGGGAAAGAAGAAGGGCUCCGCGAGCGCCGGGGAAAUGGAGGACACUGGCGUGACAACUGGUAAUGCCACCAACAUGGCGGGCAUUCAGUCCAGCGUCAGCGCAAGUGGCGACCCCGCCGGGAGCGAGGCUGGAGUUGGGGGUUCUGCGUCCUCUACAGCCGCACCAGCAGUGGGUAGUGAGGUGGACGACAGCGCGAAGAAUGCCGUUUCCAGGACGAAGAGGGACGGCAAGAAGAUCGUCUUCUGUCCGUAUGGCACAGCGUUCAACGCUGCCGGCGCCGAAAGCGGGGCCACCGUCUGCAAGAGGAACGGGACACGCAGAAACACCCUGAGGAGGAGUCCCAGGAGCGUCUGGGCCUCCCUGGUCAGUGGAGAACAUUACCUGACAGCAGAAGUUUCGGGCACUGUGCCUCAUUCUAGGCGUGUGACAUUUGACGUUUCGGCAUCCUUCCCAUCGUACGUCGUCAGGAGGCAGAGGCGUGCCGUUGUGGACGACUGCCCCGCCUCUUGCGGUGGCCUGCAUGAGGCAGGCUGCAACAGCUCAGCUUGCAGUGUUGGCAGCCCAACCACAAGUAUCAUAGUAGUUGGUGCUACGUUCGUUCUGGCGUCUCUGUGUACACGACUUGCUGUGUGAACGAGCAGGUGCUGCAAAAAUAUCCACAUGCUGGUCCUCUCGCUUAAGGGGCGAAGGGCAUCAAACGGGCCGAUUUGGAGCAGGAGAGGCACCACAGGACAUUUUAAUUUGCACUGUUUAUACUUUUACAAAUAAAUCCAUAAAACUUUGUCAGCAUGACCAGGAAGGAUUCAGGAUUCACACUCAUGGCAGUGGAAGCUCUAAAACAUAGCUAAAUAAUUUCUUUCACAUGUGAAAUUUCAUCAUUUUUUCACUUACUAUUCUCUGCAUUUGUUGCUAUAUGUACAUUUUUCUUCAUAACUAAGAGAGAUUCUUUGAUGAAUUUUGCACAGCUUACAAACCAUACUUAGUGGUGUACGAAACUCCAGGAUUUGUUUAAUUUAUGAAAAAAUGAAUGAGCUGUGACAUUUUAAACUUCAUGUUUAGAAAAAACUCAAAUUUUACAGUUUUUUAUCACAAUUUUUACUACAGUUUUUAAUAGAGUUGGACAAUUCUAGAGUUUCAUGCACCUGUAAGUAUGGCUUGUAUGCUGUGCAAAAUUCAUCGAAGACCCUCUCUUACUUAUGAAGGAAAGUGUACGUAUAGCAACAAAUGCAGCCAAUAGUAAGUGAAAAAAAUGAUGAAAUUUCACACGUAAAAAAAUUUAUUUUGUUAUGUUGUUGAACUUGCAUUGCUAUGAGUGUGAAUCCUGAAUCCUUCCUGGUCAUCCUGACAAAAUGUUAUGAAUGUAUUUGUAAAAAUAUAGACAGUGGAAAUUAAAAUGUCCUGUGGUGUCUCUCCCGCUCCAGGUCGAUCCGUUUGAUGUCCUACCCCCAUGUUUCACUUCAAAUACCUUUUCGGGACAGGAAUGGUUUGGCUAAUCCAUUUUCAUUUCGAUAUGUAACUACAAAGUUCUAACAGUAUAGUGACAGCCAUGUUUUAGUAAGAACCAGCGACUAGAGACUGUGGUGAACGUAUUGUUGCACCCACAACAGAUGAGCCAUUUGUACUCUUAUGCUAUCUAGCUAGUACAUCUAGUUUCACUGAAAUCUAUUUUUUAAAAUUAUAUUUAGCAAAAAUACAGACAAAUAAAAGCAAUGAACUCGACAGUAGCAAUAAAAAUAAAAUUGCUAACAUUCGAGUUCAAGGAUCUAUGAACGUAAAUUACAAUAUUUCCA